AGUUCCCCGCCUGGUAAUACUCUGCUCGCAAACAGCACCAAAAUCGGACGUUGUCGCGAAAAGUGCAAUUCGGACUAUUUUUUUGCAAACAAAACUGAAAAGAGAGUGACGUGACGAAAGCGUCGAGUGACGAAGUGUGUGCGCUGCAUUUGUUUACGAUUCUUCUGGCCAAGAGCGCGGAAGAGGAAGAGCGGCGCGGGAAGAAGAAGAAGAAGCAGAACACACGCAACGUGCAACAUUGUGUGCGUGUGUUUGCUUGUUUGUUUGUUUGUUUGUGUGACGAAAAUACAACAAGUGCAAACAACAAUAAUAAUAGCAGCAGCAACAACAACAUAACGACUCCUUGUUAAAACGAGACAGCAACAACAACAGGAGUGGGGCGAAAGAGACAGAGCGGUCGUUGUUGUUGUUGUUGUUGUUGGUGGCUCACACUGAUAGCAAUGAUUAAUGAAGAUUCCGCCGCCGCAACAACAAAUCAAGUAUGACGGAGGAAAUAACCGGCGAUUGGAGCUAUUACGUGUAUAUAUCGCUGACGUUGGUUCCAGUCUAUUUGGCAUUUCGGCUCAUUAAGUCGCUGGGCUGGCAGCUCUUCGUCAACAACUGAGCAAACAUCUGAACUGAACUCAAGUGAAGUUGCAGCCAUCGCCAGGAGAAUCCGUCGAGGAAAAGUCGAACAGCCAAAGCCGUAGAGCGUGCUAUAUAUAUAGGUAUAUAUAUAUAUUGUAAAAAUGCAAUAAAUGGACAGCGAGGACUAGAAAGCGGCAGAGGAGUGAUAAACAGGGGUCCAGCAGCUGCCAGGAGGAUAGCC